CCAGGUGCUCUAAUAAGGAAAAGAAGCCAGUGCAGGCUUCAAGCAUCUCUGGACGGUUUUGGACUUACAGCUUCUACUCUAUAAGUCUUGUUUCAGGAUGUCUUUGUAUGGGAGCUUUUUGACUGAAGAUCAGUUCACAUGCUCCAUAUGCCUGGAUGUGUUCAACAAUCCUUCAACCACACCAUGUGGCCACAGCUUCUGCGUGUCCUGCAUCACUAGAUACUGGGAUGGAUCUCAGAUUUGCCAGUGUCCUUUGUGUAAGAAGACCUACCAGAAGCGACCCGACCUCCAGAUCAACAGGACUCUUAGAGAGAUAACUGAUCAGUUCAAGUCUAUGAGAGGUGACGGGUCGGUGAAGGACAAGAAAGGACGAAAGGGAGGACACAAGCAUCACAAUUUCAUUGAAGAACUAAAAAUGAGGAUGCCCAAACCACCACCAAAGGAACAUCUAAAACUGCCAACCACAGCUCAAACCCAAGCCCGAUCUUUGCCAGGUGUGUCCAUAUCGCCUUCGUUCCCACUGGCCACACCCCCGAUGCCGUUAUCAGUACCAAACCAUCGGGCCUUUUCCACGCUGAGCCACAGUCCGGACCAUCAUCAUCAGAACAACUUUCAUCAUCUCUCCUCCACUAUGAUUGCCCGCAACCACAGCCGCAGAAGGUUCACCCUGAGUGGGCCAGCUAGUAGCAACGUCCCUCUGUGUGAAAUCCAUAAUCGAGGAAUAUUGCUUUAUUGUAAAUCAGACCAAGUGUGCAUCUGUCCUGAAUGUGAGAUUGAAGACCACAAUGAUCAUGACACUGUGACCAUUGAGACCGAGUGGGUGGAAAAUAAGGUGCUGCUGAAGGACUCUGAACAGCAGAUCCAGGAGAUGAUCAGCCAGAGGAGGAGAAAAAUUGAGGAGAUAAAGAUGUCGGUGGCAGAACUGGAGAUGGCGGUGGAGAGGGAGACAUCAGGCAGCGUGUGUCUCUUCUCCAUGUUGGCCUCUGCCAUCGAACGCUCCCAGGCUGAACUGAUGGAGGUGAUGGACAACAGCCGCAGGGCCGCAGAGCACGAAGCAGACGCCAUGAUUCAGCACCUAGAGAGGGAGAUAGAAGAACUCCAGAGGAGAGAGGCCGCCCUGGCUGACCUCGCCAAGUCAGAGGACCACGUUCACUGUAUCAAGACAUUCCCCAGCCUGUCCAGACCUCCAAUCACUAAAGACUGGUCCGCAGUCUCUCUGAAUCUUGACCUGGGAACAUCUACCGUCUACAGAUCAUUGGCAGCCGUGGUGGAGAAGUUCCAGGAAGAUCUAAAAAAUGUUCUAGAAAAUGGUUUUCCCUCUCCAGUAUUGGAAGCCAGUGUGGUACAAACAAAGCCCAGAGUAAAGAAGAUGCAAGAAUAUGCAUUGGACGUUACUCUGGAUUCCAGUACAGCCCAUCCCAGACUGCUGCUGUCAGAAGACCUGAAAAGUGUUUGGUGUGGGGAUCGACACCACCAUGUGCCAGACAGUCCCGACAGGUUUGAUAGAGUCGUCUGUGUCCUUGGGAGAGAAGCAAUCUCUUCUGGAAAACAUUACUGGGAGGUGGAGGUGAAUGGAAAAACUGACUGGGAUCUGGGCGUGGCCCGUCAGUCAGUCAACAGGAAAGGGAAAAUUGAUUAUACCCCAAACAAUGGCUUCUGGUUUCUCAGUUUAAGAGACAGACACAAAUAUGCAUUUCGCUCUGAGCCUUGCACAGACGUGGAGAUUAACCUCCGACCGCAUAAGAUAGGAAUAUUCGUGGACUACGAGAAAGGAGAGGUAUCUUUUUACAAUGUUGAAGCCAAAGCCCACAUCUACACUUUCCACGAUAUCUUCACAGAAAACCUCUUCCCGUUCUUCAGCCCCUGCACUAAUAAAUCAGGGAAAAACGAAAUGCCUCUGAUCAUUACUCCAGUAAACAUGAUGGAGUAAAAGCCGACAUGUUUUUCUUUAAGUUCUUUAGAUUUAUCACAAUUUGUUUUCUGUGGCUUCCUUCUUACAUCUUAAAGGGAAUAAAAAUGUAAGGAGAUCAUUUAACACUAACGUUUAGAAGAACUGUUCCUGGAGUUGUAGUCUUAGGAGAGAACAUGGUUAACAAUUGUUCUGCCUUUUUAUUGAACUUGCCUAACUUUCUUUUGGAGUAUUAGCUCUAACUUUUCAAAAAGUUACCAUUGUCUGAAAGUUAAAUUCUCAGACUGUUUUUCUUUUUUUUUUUUCCUUGAUUUGGUUUCCUCUUUUGUAAUAGACUCUACCUUCCCUCCACCUUACAUUACAUUA